GGGUUGGCAUUGAGCAAUGCUCUGUCCAGGUUGCACCCAGGGUGUGGAGUAUGAUACCAGCUUCUGGCACUGGCCUGGAAUGAGCCUGUGGUGCUGAGACAGAUGGGAGGAGGAGCUCGCCAAGCGCAUGGACCUCCAGACCAUGGUGGACACGCUGCAGGAGGCAGCGCAGGAAGCCGAGGCCAUCCAGGAGGAGAUGAACGAGAAGAUAGAGCGGCUCAAGGCUGAGCUCGUGGUGUUCAAGGGGCUCAUGAGUGACCCCAUGACAGACCUGGACACAAAGAUCCAAGAAAAGGCCAUGAAGGUGGACAUGGACAUCUGCCGCCGAAUCGAUAUCACGGCCAAGCUGUGCGAUGUUGCACAGCAGCGGAACUCGGAAGACGUGUCCAAGAUCUUCCAGGUGGUCCCCAAAAAGAAAGAGCGGAAAGUGGCUUCAGACGAUGACAUCUCGGAGCAGGAUGGAGAGGCGAAUCGGUUCUCGGAUGACGAGGUCGGCUCCAUGAACAUCACAGAUGAGAUGAAACGCAUGUUUAAUCAGCUGCGGGAGACCUUUGAUUUUGAUGAUGACUGUGACAGCCUGACGUGGGAGGAGAACGAGGACACGCUGCUGCUCUGGGAAGAUUUUACCAACUGCAACCCGAGCAUCGACCUGCAGGGCGAGCAGGAGGAAAACUUGGGCAACCUGAUCCACGAGACCGAAUCCUUCUUCAAGACGAGAGACAAGGAGUACCAGGAAACAAUAGGCCAGAUCGAGCUGGAGCUGGCCACAGCCAAGAGUGACAUGAACCGACACCUGCACGAGUACAUGGAGAUGUGCAGCAUGAAGCGGGGCCUGGAUGUGCAGAUGGAGACCUGCCGCCGGCUCAUCAAAGGCUCUGCGGACAGGAAUUCACCGUCACCCAGCUCUGUGGCCAGCAGCGACUCAGGAAGUACAGACGAGAUCCAGGAUGAACUGGAGCGGGAAGCAGAUGUCGAGCCCAUGGUCAGCUGAUGACGGAGGCCCCUUGCGCCUAGUGGUGUUAGUGGUGGGGCCCUGGCCCCCUCGCUGCACUGGGCCAGGAAGGCUCCUCGCUCAUAGACUUCCUCUGCUCUCCUUCUCUGGAAGCGCUGAGGGACUGCUGCUUCCUUCCUUCUCUCCGUCCACACCGCCCCACCACUGACCAGUGCCCCUUCUCCAUCCGCCCACCUACCCACCCACGGAAUGGUGCUGUCAAUUUCUAUUGUUCUCCACGUUACAAAUGCAGACUUCUGUCCGGACGAUGCAGUGUUAACUGUGCCUUCUCCCUUAUGCUGAGCCACUUUGAGCUCCAAAGAAUUAUUCCUAGCAGGUGUUUUUAUACAAAACUCUAAGGCGAAGGCGGGACCUGGGUGUGGCAUCAGGUGGUUUUCUACCCUCCCACCUGCUCCUGAUUGGCCAUGAGCUUUGCCCUUCCUUCUGCUGGCGUCGGCGCUGGCGCUGGUGCUGGCGCUGGCUGACUCCACGCUUGGGGUGAUCUGCCAGUCGUUACCUCCAGCCCUGGGUGGGGGCCUCUCAAAUUUUCUCACUCUCUGGAAGAGAGAAAAGUGGAAGGAAAGGAGGGAAGACCAAUUUUUAUUUUCUUUUUCGGAUUUAGUGGCAAAGUGGAGGGAUAAGGUACUGUGGGGGAGUAGGUGGAGCCUCACUGUGUUUAAACUACUAUGCAAAAAAAA